AUGAGUUAUUUUUCUUUGUCGCCUUCAAGUGAAAUACUUUCUCAUCAAAGUAAGGUGUAAAGCAUCAAUAAUUUUGAAAAUUUUGUUCGAUCGAAAAGGGAAAGGGAUAAAACUAUUGACAAUAAGUAGGUUAAGGAAUUCAGAGUUAUUGCAAAAUUUCUUUAGAAAUAUGAAAUAUAUGUGUAAAUGCUUCUUGGCAGAUAAUUAUCCCAUAAGGAUGAAAUGAAAUUAAGUUAGAAAUGGAGCGAUAAUGUUGAUAGUUUUAAUGAUUAGAUGUUGCCAGACGCUAUUUUGAGAUUUCCAAACCCUGAUUUUAAAAAUUGCGAAUCAUAUGAUACAAUGACAGCAUUAGAAUCUAUGCUCUAUAUUGAGAGAGUUUUGAAAUUAGAUAGAAAUAAUAUUGAAAAUAAAAUUUUUUUUAAGGCUGUCGAAGGAGUAUUGACAAAUCUUGAACCAAAUAAAAUUUCAAGGGUCAGAUUCGCAUUCACCUAAAAUUCAUAAUUAAAAGCAACUCAUUAAGAUUUAUAUUUAUUGGACAACAUUCAUUAAUAAAUAAGUGAAAAUAAUGAACCUAUCUAUGAGACCAUGUAGAAAAAAUAAACUGACACUCAAAAUCAUUCACUGCCUAAAAUUGACAUGCUCAAUAAGUUAAUUUCAAAUUUUAAAGAAUUAUUAAAUAAUAAAACUGACUAAUAAGCUAAUAUUAGAUAAAAAUUAAAUGAACUUUUAGAUGUAGACUAUAAUAUUUUGAAGAGGAUCUCACCAAGAAAAAUGAAAAAUGGAGGAUUUCUGACUUUCACUAAUGGAACAUGGUCUCGAAAUUAAUCUGAUGCUGCAGACUUUCUUACUUUAAUGAGAAAUAUCAUUAUUGUCUAAUUAUUAUUAACUGGAUAUAAUGUAUACAAUUCAAUUUCAGAAGAUGGGAAAUAUAUAUUUUGUAAAUUGUAUGCAACUGAAGACAAUCUUAAGACAAUGGCUGAAAAACAGAAAAUGAAAAAAAAAUUAAACUUUUGCUUCUCUGAUCUAUUUUCUUUAGAACCAGUUGAUAAAAGCUUUCGACCUUUAAGAUUGAACAAUAGAUUAUGGAAGCCAGAUGAUUAUGAUGAUUUGACAGAUAUGUUUCUUUAUUUAAGACCAAAGAUCAUAAACCUAAUAGAAGAUAUAAAUUUCAAGAGAGUUGCUAGAGAAGUAAAUUAGAGUAGAAUAAGCAAUCAAUUAUUUUAAUAUGGCAAAUUGGAUAUCUAGGAUGAUGAUGAGCUGCCUACUGAUCUCCAAUGGUUCGCAUAUUAUUAAUAUCUUGUCCAUCUUGAAAAAGAAUUAAGAAGUAUUAGAGUUAAGAAUGUAAUCAACAGCGAUAUAGCAGCUUUGAUAAACAAAUAGUUAACACCUUAUGAAUUAUACAUAAUCAGAAACAAUAAAAAUGAUCAAGUGAAGAAAUUAACAAAACAAAAUAUCAAGGAUAAAUAAAAUUGGUUCCAUUAAUAGGAAGUCAAAAAGAUACAAGAGAAGGUUUUUGAAGUGAUUUAAGAAUAUUCUAGAUUUUUCGUACAGGCUGAUAAGGUCACCACUAAAUUACUAAAAUUAUUCAAACAAGAAAGAUUGGCGUAAAAGUACUUUAAAAUUUUUGAGGAAGCAUUAAAAGUGGCAAAUUCGGAAGGAAAAGUACUUUUUAACUUUUGGGAUAUGAUACAUUUCGAAAGAUUAGAUUCAUAUGUUAUUUUUACUAAACCAACCAAAACCUGUUCUACAACUAUGAAAUACUAGUACAAGAUGUGUUGGUGUAAAUAUCAGAUAAAUGAAGAAAAAAAAAUUUCUUUGUUUUCUUCUUCAGAACGUUUGAAGUUGGUAGAAUAGUCAAUAGAUUCAUUAUUUUAGAUGAAUGAUUUAAUAAGCAAGAAAGUUGUUAUAUCCCUAUUCUGUGUUAAUGAUCAUUAUGAAUUAUUUGGACAUUAAACCAUUCACUAAUAAGAAAAUUUAGACGAAGACUUUUAUAGAAGGAAGAUGUAUCAUCUUGAAUACGAAUGGGCAUUCAAUAUAGCCAAACCUUGGAGUACUCCGAUAAAUCAAAUUUGUGAAUAUUAUGGUGAAAAGAUUGGACUCUAUUUCUAUUACACCACUUAUUAUACAUAAAUGUUAUUGAAAAUUGCCUUUAUUGCACUGGCAUGUAAUUUAAUUUAAUGGGUCAUAUAAGAUAGUGAAAGUGAUCUCUACUAUUUAUUAAGAAUUAUUUUUGCAUUUCUCUAAAUCCAAUGGACGAAUCUAUUUGUUGUACUUUGGUAAAAGAAGUAAUUAAUAUUUAAUAUUUAAUUUGGUUAAACAGCUAAGGAAGAAAUCUAAAAACAGAGGAGUAAUUUUAUAGGAAGUUACAAAAGAUCUGUUGAAAAUGACUACAUGAAUUCUAUUGGAAUUAAUUCAUUUGAAUUGUUUACUCGUAUGCUAUUUGCUACUUCUACGUUGAUAUUCAUCAUUGGAUUAUAUGCAGCCAUAAUGAUUGGUUUGUAUAUACUUACAACAACUCUUAAGGCAUCAUUUCAGAAUAUAUAGGCAUUGUAGAGUGGAUUCUUUGAAAUUCUAGUCACAGCUUCCAUAAAUAUAGUAAUAAUUCAGUUUUUAGAUUAAGUAUAUGAUAUAAUUGCUAUUCAUUUGACUGAUUUUGAAAAUCAAAAAUCAGUUAAAGAUUAUGAAGAGAGCUUUAUAGUUAAAAAAUAUAUUUUGUAUUUUUUCUCUUAUGUUGGACCCUUAAUUGUAAUUGCAUUCUUGAAUGGACCAUUCGACUUGUAUUGCAAGGAAACUAAUUGUUCUGAUCAUGUUUAAUAUCAUUUUGCCACUAUGAUUAUAUGGAUAUUUAUAUUCAAGACUUUCAAAAUUAUAAAAUUACUCUAUUAUGUUAAGAAGAUCCCAAUAUUUAAAUAUACCUUCUAUGAAAAUGAGAUCAAUAAGUAUGUUGAGGAACAAUCGAAUAGAUAAAAUUAUGCUAAAAGCUAAGAGAGAUAUGGAACUUUAGAAGAUUAUAUGGAGAUCUUUUUAUAAAAUACAUUGCUGUCUAUUUUUGGUUAUACAUUCCCUUUUAGCUUUUUUCUUCUAUGGGUUUAGAAUAUUGCACAAAUGCAAGCAGAUAAGGCUAAAUUUAUUUACUAUCUUCAGAGACCCUGGCCUUAAAAUAAUUCAUCUCUAGGAGUAUGGAAUAGUAUCUUAGAGCUAAUUAAUUAUGUUUGUAUUCUAACAAAUACAGGAUAAAUGAUUAUAGAUUAUAGUUUUAAGUAUGGAGAGGAGUUGAUUUUAAUUUAUUUAACAUUCUUAAUUAGCAAUUUUAUGAUGAAUUUCAUUAUCAAUGGAAUUUUAGGAUAAAUCCCUUUUGAAUUAGGUUUGUUUUUAUAAAGAUAAAAAUACUUAAUUAAAAGUACUAUUGAAUAAUUUAAAAAGACUCAGGCAAAGGCUCUAAUGAAAAGUCAAGAAAAUUUAAAGAAAUUUCCCUUAUUCAAAGUUUUUGGUUCAUCAAACAUUGAAAUUAAGGGAUAAUUUGAAACAAUUAGUUCUGAAGAUGAAUUAUUUGAUCAUUACGAUCUGAACUAUAUGGAAAAGUUUUGCGAAGUAUAAAAAAAAGACAAAUUAAAAUAAAAUAAGGGUGUAGAAAAUUACCCAUAAAAAACUUUUAAAAACAUUGAAAAUAAUUAAUUAAGAUCGACAAAAAAUAUAGAAAAUCAUCAAAGAAGAACAUUAAUAGGAUCCUUUCAAAAGCUACCCUUAGGGUCAAUUUAAAAGCUACCUAUUGGAUCCAUAUAAAAAUUACCUUUAGGAUCUGUUUAAAAAAUUCAGGAAUCUAAAUAAACUUUGAGUAUUGAAGAUAAAUUUGGAAAGCAUAAAUUCUUGUUUAAAGAAGAAAAGGAGAAUAAAAAAGAAUAAAAAUAAGUUGUGAAUAGAUAAAUUAGUGCCCUAUUUGAUUAAGUAAUGUCACAUUAAACAAUUUCAAAAUAUUUCUAACGUAGAAAAAAUAACUACGUUUUUGAAAUAAAAAAAUGGAAAAGGUCAGACAAAAAAAAGUUGCAUUCAGCAUAAGAGUUUUUAUAUUAAAAAGUACUAUUAAACUCUCAUAGGUUAAUCUGGUCUGACCUAAAGAUUUCAUGUAGAUUUGUGUAUAUGAGAAGAAAGACUUUAUACCUAAGGAACCUUGAUUAUAGAAAAUUUACUAUCUUCAAAAGGAAUUAACAGGCCAUUUAAGAGCUAUACAAAGAAAAGGCAAAAAAUAAAUUUAGAAAAGAUUUCAAAUUACUUUAGAAUUCCAAAAGAAAUACAAAUCAUAUAAAUAUUAAAGAAGAUAUAGAGGAAUUAAGUCUCUUGAAGAUAAAAUAAAAGAACUAUAUCAAUAAACAUACUUGGCUCAAUAGUAGAAAAGUCUUACUCUUGAAAGUCAAAGGAAUUUGGUUUAGUUAAUAUAGAAGAUUAUGCUAAAGGGUUCCUUCCUUUAAAAUAGCAUUAGAUUUUCUCUCUAAAGCCAAAUUAAUUGAAAAAAUUAGAGGAGAGACAGAUCUUAAAGAGAAACUUGCGAAAUCUCUAGGAGAUCCAGCAAAAAUCUAAUAUAUUGGACUAGAUACUUUAAUUACAGGAUAUCUAUCAUUACAAUAUAAUCCCAAAGAUAGAUUUGAAAUUCCAUGUACAACCAGAUAAUUCAAUAUAAUUGAUUACUACAUCAAUAAAAAGAAAUCAGACAUUUUCACAUUCAUAGUGGAUAGUUUUAGGGACACUUACAUCUUUGAUCAUUAAUACUAAAAAUUGUAAUAAUUUUCAAUGCAGUAUUUUGAAGAAGAACUAUUUCCUAUUGAAAACUUUAAGUUGAGAAGAUAAUUAAAUAGUACUACUUGGAUUAGUGAAAAUUAAUAGGGGAGAAAAUUCUUAAUAUAAUUUUUGUAAAUCAGGCAUGAAUAGUAAUUUAAAUAUUAAAGGCCUAAUUACGAGAGCUAUGGAGUUUGUUAUUUAGAGGGAGACCUCAACAUUCGACUUAGCAAUUUAGUAGAUUAGGUUGAUGACUUCUAUAUAAAGGGAUAUUGUGUCAUAAAAUAUAAUGUAUAUUCUUAAAUAACUUUAAAAUAAGUAAUAAAAUAUAGGUUUAUUCAUGGGAUACAAUAUAAAAUAGAAGAACUCUAUGAAUUUUUACAUGCCUGUCUCUAGAUUAUAAAGCAGUAGAAGUGUGGAGACAUAAAUUUAAGUAGUUUUGUGUUUCAUCAAAGAACCUAUAUAUUAUUCAAAUCUAAUCAUAAUGAUGAUGAUGACUUAAUCAACUUGGCAUAAGUCAUUAUUGAAAUGAUAUUAUUAAAACCAGUCCCUGAUGCAAUUUCUGGGUAUUCUAAAAUUACUAUAUCCCAUCCCCUUAAGCCAAUACUUUAAUCAAUGAUUUACGAAGAUGUAUAAAUUGAUGAUUUACUCUAUAGAAUCCCUCUUACAUCUAGUUUUGUUGAAAUUGACGUAGAGGAUGAGAUUAAAAUAAAAGAGAGAAAAAAAGAUGAAGAUAUUAUAGAUUUCUUAACUCUCUCGAUUCAUUAAAUCAAUUUGAAUUUCAGAAUGAAAUAAUUUAAAGAAGCCUUAAAAGAAAUUUAAAAGGCAGAAAUUUAAUUGAGCAACAAUAAAUUUACAUCUGCAACUUCAAUUGAAUAGGGGUUUUAUCGCUAUUUUAUAACAAAUCAAUACAAAAUUUUGACUAGUCAUUCAGACAUCUCUUUUACAUUUAAUGUUCUCUUAAUUAUAUAUAUUAAAUUUGGCACUUUAUUGUAAAUGAAGUUUAAUUUUAUAUAAGAACUGGAAAUGCUCUACUACGCUUUGAUGCGAUCAGUUGAAAGCUUAGAUGAUUUAGUUAAAUAAUUAACUCUUAAUGUUAAAUUAGAGUAACUGACAAACACAGAAUAGAAGAUUAUGUUGAGAAGAAAGUUAACACGAUCUAAUUCACAAAUAGACUUAUAAUCAAAAGAUAGAUUACAACUUAUUAAAGAAAUUAGAAAGAAUCCUACACAUAUCAAAAUAAUUACCAAAGUGAAAAAGGAAUUAUAACGAUAUUGCUUAUAAUUUCAAGCUUUGCAUUCAUUAUAUCUCUAUUUCAAUUAGGAUUUCGUUUAUUCUGCCUAAAUUUUAGAGGAUAUCUAAACUACCUAGACUAUGAUUAUUUAGGCUUAAACAAAAAUCAUAUAGGUUGUUGAAGAACCUGAUGAUUUAACACCUAAUUAAUUUAAUUUUAACCAAUAAUCCCCCACUUUAGAUGCUGCUUUGAAGAUUGCUUAAGAGGAUAACUUUGAAAUAUAAAAAGAAUUUGAUGACUCUCCUAAUUACUGUUUACAGUUAUUAUAUUACAAAUAUUUAUAAUUAAUUGUGUGGUUUGAUGGAGGAAAAGAAACUUUUCAUAAUAAUUACAGUGACUUCCUAAAAGAUCAAGUCAGCUCGCCUGUCUAUGAAUAUUUCUCGUCAUAAUUGAAGAUAAUUUAAAGAUACGAAAUACCAAAAGACUAUAUUGCAUUUAAUAAGGAAUGUGAAAUUGGAAAAUACAUUGUAAUAAGCAUGAAUAAGUGGAUUGAAUAGUCGUACUUCAUUCCUUCCAAACUAGAAUAUUGUAAUGACUUUCAAUUGAUGUGGAAACAAUUGACAUCCUAUAGUGUAUUAGAGUAAUCAUUAGAAAACAGACAGAUACUAAUUAAAUUAUUAAACUAGAAGGAGCAAACUCUUCCAUACAUAUUAUUAGAACUAAGAGCCAUCCAUUAACUUCUUCAUUUAGAUAAUUAUGUUCCACUUCAUAUAUCUUUGAAUCCGAAACAUAUUAACACAAAGAAUCUUAAUAGCAGUUUUGUUAAAAAUAGCUUAAUAAAAAGACUACAACAAUUGCAUAAUGAAGUCUCGAUUGAUUCAGAUUCUUGGUUUCAUUCUAAAGGAUUAUUGCAAUUUAGAUUAUUUUACAUUUUAUCUCUGUUUUUCUCGUUUUCUAGAAAGCAUUUUGAAAAUAUGAUGGCAGAAGAUUCUAAUUUAUUAUUUUUAGGGGAAAUGGCAAUGAAACAAGCAUCAUGCUAAUCUGAAUCAGAUGCAAAAAGAGUUUAAGCAUCUUAAAUAAGAAUGAUGACAUUUGAUGUAAAGGAAUUGAAAUCUGAUCCAAAGCCAAAUCAAGUUAAUAAAAUACUAAGUUCAUAUUUUUUCAUAAGGGAUUUUAUCUCACAAAAUGAAGAUGAUGAUCUCAAAUUUUUGAUAGAUAAAUAUAAUGAUUAAUUGAAGCCAUCUUUAAUUGUCUUGGCAAUCAUUCAAUACUAUAUCGCUAUUGAUCGUAAGGACUUAGCUGAUAUAAUCAUUUUAUAAACCUUCAAAUUAAUUGAGUAUAAUGUGAGUCUGUUUGACUAUGCUCAUCCUACCUUUAAAGAAGAUCUGCUGUUGUUAUAAAUAAAGGUUAAUGAGGAAAAAUUGGUUCACAUGGAACCCUUUGACAGACUAUUUAAAAGGAAAGCUGAUUUUAGAAGUCUUACAUCAGAUGUUUUAUUAAAUUUAUAGUAUGUGAUAUAUAAUUAGUUCUUUCAUCUAGAUAUUUAAUUUAAUAUUGAUAUGUUGGAGGAUUAAUUUAAGAAUUUCAGCCAAUUGCCACCUUAAUAUGAUAAACUAAAAAGUAUAUAUUAAUUAUAUCUGCUGUAUUUGCAGACUACGCAAGGAAACAUUAAUUUGGAAGAAAUCGAAAAAUUUAUAAAAAUAGAAUUUAAAUAGAAUACUGCUUAUUCAGCAAUAAUUAAAAAUAUUUUAGUUAGAUAUUAUAUUAAUAUGCAAGACUUUGAAUUGGCCUUACCCUUAGUCUAAAAUAUUUUAGAUUACCUGUAUUCUCUAAAAAUAUUAUCAAACUUCGUAUUAAAAUAAAUUAAUGAAACCAGCUAUGUUAUUGAAAAUAAUGUGAAUUUCAUAUCAUCAAUUGUGGAUGUUUAAUUAAUUGAAGUCCAUCCUGAAGAAACGGAUGACUAAUAUUUUCAUAUUAUUGAUACGUAGUUCAUACAGGAGAAUUUGAUUCAUUACAUAGAUAUUAUUACUAAUCUAUAAGAUGAUACUCAAAAAUACCCCAAAAUAUAAGAAAUAUUUAAGCUCUUAUUUGAAAUAUCAGAACCGACAACUUAAAAUAACCUAUUUAAGGUGUUAUCGCAAUUAUUUUUAUGUUAUUCACAACCUGAAUACCUUCCCUCUAUUUUCAAUCAAGUAUACAAAAAUCAAGAGAGAUAACUCUAUACAUAUCUGAAUCAAAGGAAUGGCUUAAAAGAGAAAAUGAGUCAAUUAAUCAUAAUUAAUGAACUAAGCGAAGAGGACAAUGCCAAAAUGACUGCUUAAAUCAAUGUUCUGAAUUAUCUAAUCACUAUAUACGAAAGUGUGAGCAAAGGCAUUACUCAAACCACUAUUUUAAGUUGGAGCAUAUAAGCUGCUGAAAAAGCCAUGAUUGGGUACAAAAUUUAAGGCAAAAACUUUUAAUCUUCAUGUCAUUUCAUAUACCCUCAACUGUUUCUAUAAUUGUCUGAUUGUUUUGUAAGGUUAGGGUAAAUUUCAACUGCUUUGAUACAUAUUGAUUAGUCUGAAGAAGAUUUGUUGGAUUGGUUCCGUUAAAAUAAACAUCCUUUAAAAGGGUUUUUCUUUAUGAAAUAAGCUCUCUUAAGGCCCCUUUUAACAGAAUUAUUUACUAAAUAUACAGCUUUGUUAAUGGAGUUGUAAUAGAUUAAUCGAUUAUAAAUUUAUGAUAUUAUUCGUGCUCUAUUUUAAUUCAAUAAAAAAAUUUUACAACUUUUUGAAAAUAGCUAUGAUUAUCAAUCAUUAGAAUAUGGCUUAUUAGCUUAUACUAAAUCUUUAGAUUCAGCUGAUAAAAUCACAGUGGACAUAUUUGAAAUGUAUCAAGGGAAUGAGCCAAUUUCAUUAAUGAAAUAAGUUAUGAAGAUUUCUCCUUAUGAUAUGACAGGAAUAAAUAUUUUAAUUGAUGCCUAGUCCAUUUUUCAAUUAUUUAAUUAAAAUAAUUAAUUUACUAAAAUAGUCUAAAAAAAAAUAGAAGAGUACAUUUGACUUAAAUAAUUUAAUUCACUCAAUUUUAUUAUUAUUAAUAUGAUAUUUAUUUAUGUAAUAUAAUUAAUCACAAACUUCGU